GGAGGCGCGCUCGGAGAGCAGCCCGGCCAGGGCCCCGGCCCGCCCGAAGCCCAUGCGCGGCGGCUGGCCUGUGCUGCGGCUCGAGGGGCGCCCGGCUCUGCAUGGCCCCGGCUGCUGAUAUGACUUCUCUGCCGCUCGGUGUCAAAGUGGAGGACUCCGCCUUCGCCAAGCCGGCCGGGGGAGGCGCGGGCCAGGGCCCCGCCGCCACCACGGCCACGGCCGCGGCCGCCGCCAUGGGCGCCGAGGAGGAGGGGGCCAAGCCCAAAGCGCCCCCGUCGCUCCUGCCCUUCAGCGUGGAGGCGCUGAUGGCCGAUCACAGGAAGCCUGGGGCCAAGGAGAGCGCGCUGGCGGCCCCCGAGGGUGCGCAGGCGGCGGGCGGCUCGGUGCAGCCCCUGGGCGCCCGGGCCGGCUCCCUGGGCACCGCGGACGCACCCUCCCCGCCCCGUCCGCUCGGCCGUUUCUCAGUGGGAGGACUCCUCAAGCUGCCGGAAGAUGCGCUGGUCAAGGCCGAGAGCCCCGAGAAGCCGGAGAGGACCCCGUGGAUGCAGAGCCCCCGCUUCUCCCCGCCCCCCGCCAGGCGGCUGAGUCCCCCGGCCUGCACCCUUCGCAAGCACAAGACCAACCGCAAGCCGAGGACGCCUUUCACCACUGCCCAGCUGCUGGCUCUGGAGCGCAAGUUCCGCCAGAAGCAGUACCUGUCCAUUGCAGAGCGCGCUGAGUUCUCCAGCUCCCUCAGCCUCACGGAGACCCAGGUGAAGAUCUGGUUCCAGAACCGCCGCGCCAAGGCCAAGAGACUGCAGGAGGCCGAGCUGGAGAAACUGAAGAUGGCAGCCAAGCCCAUGCUGCCCCCGGCUGCCUUCGGCCUCUCCUUCCCCCUUGGUGGUCCAGCGGCUGUCGCUGCAGCGGCGGGCGCCUCGCUCUACAGUGCCUCUGGCCCCUUCCAGCGUGCUGCGCUCCCAGUGGCGCCCGUGGGACUCUACACGGCCCAUGUAGGGUACAGCAUGUACCAUCUGACAUAGGUGGUCCAGUGUUGCCCAUCUGUGGUGCCAGCUGAUUCUUCCAGCCCGAGCCAUCUGUAAGCAGCAGGAUUCCUACCACAGCUCCCCGCUCAGCACUGCUGGCCCCUUCCCUGUAACCCCCAUACUGCACCCUGUUUCUCCUGGUUGCUCCCUGGUUCCUCUCCAAAGUCUGAUCCUGUCCCAGAAGAGUGGCUGGAAGAGUCCAUUAGUACUUUUCUAAAAUCUAGAUCUACACACACCCUCGAGUUACAGAUGGGCAAACUAAGGCCAGACAGGCCAAGAGAUUUCCUCAAGGUCCCGAGCAGAAUUAGCCAUGGGUGGAACAGGACUAAGAGGCCCCGAGUCUCCUGCAUGGCUGCUCCUUGUCCUGACACCAAGCAGGAAAAGUGCAGAGAAAUGAGAACAGUCUUGGAAAAGGAAGAGCACUGGGGGAGUUGGAUGCCAGCCCCUUCAUUUGGAAAAUUUAAGAGAGAUCCAACAGCCAAACAUUGCUUUGAGGGGCAGGGCACACAGAUGCAUUUUGAAGGUAGGUUGAAGGGACCUCUCUUUUACCAGUACCAGAAAAAAAUUGUAAAAUUUUAAAAAAUCUGUUUCUAUUUAACAGUACAUUUUCAUGGCUCUCAAACAUCCCUUUGGAAGGGAUUGUGUGUACUAUGUAAUAUACUGUAUAUUUGAAAUUUUAUUAUCAUUUAUAUUAUAGCUAUAUUUGUUAAAUAAAUUAAUUU